AUGGAUCGGUCUGGGUUGCAGCCUAAUGAGUUUGGUUUCUCUGUGGCUCUUAAGGCUUGUAGGACUAUGCAUGAUUUUGUGAUGGGAGAUGUGAAAAAUGCCCAAAAGUUUUUUGAGGGAAUCCUGUUAUGCAGAAGCUCCGAAGCAUUGUGGAAUAAAUUGCUAGACGGUUAUGCACAAACCUGUGAUGUGGAGGAAGCUUUCAGGUUGUUUCAUCGCAUGGCUUAUUCUAGCAGUUCACCUAAUAUUAAAAUUAUGCUCCAAGUAGGAUUUGAAGGUGUUACUUUUGAGUGUGAAGCCCUAGCUGACACCUAUGGAAAAUUUGGAUUACUAGCUGAUGCAUGUAACUUAUUCUGGAAUUUAGAAGAGAGGGAUAAUGUGGCAUGGUGUGCUUUACUGGCUGGAUUUCUUCAAAAUGGGGAGGCCGAACAAGGCCUGAACCUUUUCAUUGAAUUUCUUUCUGAUGGUGCUAAACCAGACCCAUUUAGUUUUGCCAUUGUAUUUAGUUUGUGUGCAAAGUCAGACAUUGAGGGCAUUGGACCCCAAGUGCACUGCAGUUUCAUCAAAUAUGGGUUUGCGUUGGAUUCAUUUCUGGGGAGUGCCCUUAUCGACAUGUAUGAAAACAGUGGAAUCAUUUGGGAUGCUUAUAUGUGUUUCACUGAGGUUAAAAACAAGAACCAAAUAUGCUUUAGUGCCAUGAUUAACAACCUAGUCUUUUGUUCAAUUAAUGAAAUGACCUUAGAAUUAUUCUGUCAGAUGAUGAAACUAGAACUUGCACCGAGGAUUCCUUCAUUAAGCUAUAUUGUUCGAGCAUGUGCAGAUCUGCUUAUGUUAAGGGAAGGAAAAUCACUUCAUGCCUAUGUUCUAAAAAAUUUCAAUGAUUCUGACUCUUAUUCAUGCAUAGAAAAUGCACUGAUCGAGCUAUAUGCUGAAUGUGGAGUUGUUGAUGAUGCAAAAAUGGUAUUUAAAGUGAUGACAAUGCCAAAUGAGUUCUCAUGGACUACAGUCAUAUUAGGUUGCUGUCAAAUGGGGCGCUUUUCAGAAGCAUUGAGGCAGUGCAGUGAUAUGUUUUUUGCUCCAGUGAUUGCCAAACUGAGCCAUUUUACUGUGGUACCUAUUCUGCAAGCUUGA